UAUUUAAAUUUAGGAAGGAAGAAGAAGAAGUCUUUAUCUUCUAACUUUGUUGGCUGGACGAACUGGAGGUUGUUUUUUACUGGAUAACAAUCUCCAAAUAUCAGGAAGUCGAGGUUUCACAUUCACUUCACUUCAGCACACAGGGUGAUUCCUAAUCUGGAAAGAAGACUGCAAGAAGAGUCUGAACCUGCAGGUGUUUAGCUGCUUUUUUAACUUCUUCCUCAACAAGAAAAGCUCCAUCUUACCAGUGAACUGAGCCACAAAAUACUUCAGACCAGUGCGACCAGUGGGCCUUCAACAAGCCUCAUUUAUGCCGGGAGAAAAAUCGCUGAUUCAAAUUCCUCAAGCCCCAAAACACACUCCACAGUCAGUUCGCUUCAUAUGUGCACAGCCUGGUUCAUCAGCAUCUUCACAUGCAUCAGCACGCUCACCAGCAUGCCUUCACUCCGACCCUGCACCAAUCCUUGACCAUCCCGCCUGCUCCAAUGGAAACUCAGAGCAGUAACUUCAACAGGCACCUCCCCAGAGGAACAACGAGGCUCUCCUUUGCUCCUGUCACUGCCUUUCACAGAGCAGCACAGAAGCCCUCCAGGUCAACAAAACGAGGGAGAUGGGGUGCAAUGCACGUCUGCAUUGCCUGGAAGAUUUAUUACAACGAACAACUCAAGAAAAUGCAGCACAAACCCAACAGUCUCCAUCGAAAAGUGACACCUGAGUAUCCUGCCACCAGUCUACCUGACACAGUGCAACGCAAGGAAUCAGACCAGCCCUCCUGCAUACACCCAAAUACCGACUCUCCAUGUGGACCCUCUGCAUUUGGAAACAUGAGCGACAGAAGUGAAACAGGAAAAGCAGCUGAAAAUUUCAGCCACUUCAACAGAAGUUAUCCCUCUGACCUUUACACAUCUUCACCAGCGUCAUGUCACGGCCACACGACCAGGAAAGAGACACUGGAACAGCCCCCAAACCUGCACCAGAAAGAGAAACUUCAGAAGGAGACGCACGGGGGCCAGCCAGUUGACACAACAAAGGAUUUACCUCUCAGGGACAAAUCUUGGGAUCAAACAGCGACUCCUGAACAUGACGGCAGACACGGCUGCAGGAAAAGGCAGCUCGAGUUUGAGAGCUCCUUUAAAGUGAAGAGGAUAAAGCAGGAAAUCGUAGAUCACCAGUCUGAUGCUUCAAAGACUUCGCACACUGAUCCACCUCCACUCAGCAUCAGACACACACAUCCAUCUUCACACAGCAUGCCGGUGCAACAUAUAAACAUAGGUGAUUUGUCUGUCUUGUAUCCUAACAGCAGUAGAUGUAACGUUACCAGAACUCCUGGGAGACUCGUCUCUUAUCCAGGAGCUGAAAUGCAUCCCUACCAAACUGCAUCAUGGGAGCCAAUGUGGGACAUUCAUAAGACGAUGGAGCUCCACUCUAGAAAAAACAUGCUGCAGAACUAUUCAUUGAAUACCUGCAAAGGGAUCAGGAUACCUCACGUAGCACAGAAACAGAAAGAGGCUUUUCAUGGGUUCUUAACGCCACCUUUUUAUUUCCCUCUUGCCCUGAGGCAGCAGGAGACAGUUUACCUUAGAGGGAGGGAGCUUCUACACUCACGUCAUCAGAACUGUCAUGUCCACCAUCCUGGCUAUGUGGCAACAUCCUACAUGGGGCCCUGAGUCUCCAGAGCAACAAUUCCCAUGAGGUCACUAAGUAAUCCCUCUCUAUCAUCACUUAUGACCCAAAAGAACUGUGUGGUGGUAUAUUUAUCUGCAAAGACGCUGCCCUCUGCCUGUAAUUUCUUCUUAUUUUGCUGUAGUCGGCAUGUUUCUGGCCUCAACAUGCAGGUGAGGUCGGGACUUUAUAAAAAGGAAGUGACCAGGUGCCUGACCGUUAGCAGCACGCACCCAAGAGGAAGCUACAAAAAGAUAGCCCAAAAAGCACAAAUACAGCAAGGUGAAAUGCCAGUCUGGGGAUGGCUUUCACUUCGCUGAUGAUACUGUUUACAGCAGUGUCCGACAAUCCCUGCAUAGUAGUAAUAAAGCAUGGUGGUCUUGAAAUUUAACAUCAGUCUCUUCAGUGGAUUUUGGUGACCGUACAUACUAAUGCUGUAAUGAUUCCCUCUUUUAAUUGUUUUGAUUAAAUACAUUCAGAU